CUUGCAUUUUACUCAGCACAAUUCAGCCGGGUGGAUGCUGCCCUUCAUUGGGUGCUUUUGGCUGAGUUUUCUCUUAUGCUACUGCGUCUGGAGAAAGAGGAAAGUCAAGGAGAGAGGUAUACCAUUUAGGUAUAGUCGCUUCUUAGUUGCUUCAAUAGACAAAGAGGACAAAGACAUGCAUAGUAGAGCCUUUAUACUGCUAUAGAAUAUCGCAGCAAUUCUCUCUUUUUACUCCACUAUCAUCGUCUCAAAUAAGGUAAAGACGAACAGACAGCAUGGUUGCGGAAGUUGAAAUUGAAAGAUGACCACUAUGCUGAGAAGAUUCGGCAACUGGAGGGUGACAUUGAGAUGGCUAAGGGAGCAAAGGAGGACUCUCAAGAGUUAUGUUGACGUUCAAAAUGUUUAUAUUGAAUCUAUGUACAAUUACCUUUGAAAUAUGUUGCGUCCAGUAGCAGUACCUGGUUAGUAAGGAGUAGGUUUCUUAGUUUUCUUUUUCUAAGUAAUCAAUUCCAAUCCUUAGACCGUUCAGCUUCACCUGUAUCUGUAACACGGGACGACCACGUGACAUGACUUGUCUUUUCCCCUUGGCCUAGAUUCACAUUAAUGCACUUGAUUUGCAGCUUUAAAAAAGGAGCGCGAGGCGGCAUUUGACGAAAAGCGGCAAGAUUUGUUGGGCCAGGUUACUCUCUUGCAGACAAAAAUAACCGGUGCCGAGGCUGCGCAUCGCAAAGCGAUCGAGUUAUGGUGGAAAAGAAAAGUAAGUACUCCAUAGCAUAACACACACAGGGCCCAAAGAAAUCCGGUGGGAUCGUACGCGUCGCCCGGAGCGCAUCAAAACAAACCAACAAAAGUAAGGACCCAGGCCGGUGCAUGAUCUUGGGUUGUGAUCUUAAUACUCUCCUGGUCCAGAAGAAAGCUCAAUUUUUUUGCAGUCCUCUUUCCGCUUCUUCUAACAACCAGAAUGGAAGAAGACUGCCGUGAAAAAGUGCAGUCGCUGGAGAUGAUGACUGAGACUCUACAAGCGGAAGUGGGCGAGUUGAACGCUGAAUUAGAAACGCUGAUGGAGGGAGCAGCUAGUGUGGAUAAAAGCGCGACUCGUACUGCACCCUUAAUUUAGAGUUGGAUACUUGAU